AUGAACGACGUCAACCUGUUCAUCGCCUUCGCGGCCGGAGGCCUGUCGUUUCUCAGCCCGUGCGUGCUGCCGUUGAUUCCGUCCUAUCUGUCGUUCGUUUCCGGCAUCUCGCCCCGCGAAAUCAGUGAAGGCCGCCCGGCCAACGCACGGGUCAUGGGCAACGCCCUGGCCUUCGUGUUCGGCUUUUCCGUCGCUUUCGUCGCCCUGGGAGCGUCGGCAAGCCUCCUGGGAAGCCUCCUGCUCAGCUAUCAGGACGUGGUUCGCGUGGUCGGAGGCCUGUUCAUCCUGGUGGUGGGAGUCUACCUCACCGGGCUCUUCCAGGUCGCCACCCUCGAGCGUUACGCGCAGUUCAAUCUGCGCAGCAAACCGGCGGGCUAUCUCGGAUCGGUGCUGGUGGGGCUGACCUUCGCGGUGGCGUGGAUCCCCUGCGUGGGGCCGAUCCUGGGCGCCGUCCUGACCCUGGCCGGCACCGCCAGCGAAAUCUACCGGGGCAUGCUGCUGCUGUCGGCCUACGCCGCAGGGCUGGCGCUGCCGUUUCUCCUGAGCGCCCUGGCCAUGAACCAGUUCUUCAGGCUCUCGCGCGCCAUCAGCUCCUGGCUCCCGGCCAUCCACGUCUGCGCCGGCCUGCUGCUGAUCGCCGUCGGCGUCCUCCUGCUCACCGACACCAUGACCGCCCUCAACGCCUACGCCCUCCGCUUCACCCCGGCCUGGCUGGUCACGCGGCUGUAG